UGUACUGUAUAAAAGGAGUCGCGCAGAUGCAUUGAGCUCAGACUCGGGUACCAUGAUGUUCUCAGCACUGCUACUGAAUCUCCUGCUUCUCGUGUGUUUUGCUGCGGCAGGACAACAUUAUGGAGGCUCGGUCACCUUCAGUCCUAAAGGAGCCAAUGCAGACGGGAGCAUGAGGGUUGAGUUUCGAUUCAAGCGAACCAAUGACUGGUGCGAUUCUAGUUGGUGGUCCUGCACCAAUCCUGGGAAUUGUGUCUAUGAAGACAGCAGUGAAUAUGGAGAAAUCGAUAAAAGUUCCAACGGCAGGAGUAGUUUUACCAACAACUGGUGCCAAACGGAAACUGUUGUCAUAAGGAACAUCUAUGAAAACACACCCUUUGAGCUGCAGCAAAACUCAUGCUGCUGGGUGCCCACGGUGAACAAUCUCAAAGGCUGGUUCUUCCAAACACAUGUGGAUCUAGGCAUAAGAUCUGAUACCAAUCAACCCAACCAAUCACCCGUCACUACUACUUUACACUUUCUACGCGUACCCCAAAACUGUCCUCGUAAAUACCGUCUGAUAGCCUUUGAUCCAGAUGGUGACCAGGUCAAAUGCAGAUACGGAGCUAUGCGCAAUGUUGAAUGUGACAGAUGUGACCAGCCAAGAGGUUUCCAGAUCGAUCAAGAUGCCUGCACACUAGACUACAGCUAUACCUACAGCACAGGCGUCUACGGAAUUGAGCUUGUUGUGGAGGACUACCCAAAGAAACACACCACUCUGUCUUACACCGAUGGCUCCAGCUCUUACAGACGCGCUCUGAGUAGUGGAAAAUUCCGAAGGUCAAUUUUGACAGGAAUCCAAAUCUAUAAUACUUCAGUAAUUGAACCAUGGUGGGAAGAAGCAUUCGCCAAACCAACUACAGCAACAACAAGGGGCUGGGGGAAAAAUCAACAAUCUACAACAACGAUUGCUUCUCCAUUGUGGUGGUGGUGGCAGCAACAACAACAACAACAACAACAACAACAACAACAAACAACCACCGAACAACCUACAACUACAGCAUGGUGGUGGGAUAAACAUUCUACAACUACUGCUUCACCCUGGUUGUGGUGGUGGGGGCAACCACAACAACAACAAACAACCACCGAAAAACCAAAAACUACAGCAUGGACUGCAGCAUGGUGGUGGGGGCAACAGCAAAAAUCUACUACAACUACUGCAUCUCCCUGGUGGUGGUGGCAACAACAAACAACCACUGAACAACCACAAAUUACAGCAUGGUGGUGGGGGAAACAACAACAAGCUACAACUACUGCUUCACCCUGGUUGUGGUGGUGGGGGCAACAACAACAACAAACAACCACUGAACAACCUACAACUACAGCAUGGUGGUGGGGUAAACAAUCUACAACUACUGCUUCACCCUGGUUGUGGUGGUGGGGGCAACCACAACAACAGCAAACAACCACCGAACAACCAAAAACUACAGCAUCGACUGCAGCAUGGUGGUGGGGGCAACAGCAAAAAUCUACUACAACUACGGCAUUACCCUGGUGGUGGUGGCAACAACAAACAACCACUGAACAACCACAAAUUACAGCAUGGUGGUGGGGGAAACAACAACAAGCUACAACUACUGCUUCACCCUGGUUGUGGUGGUGGCAACAACAACAACAACAACAACAAACAACCACUGAUCAACCUAUAAUGACACCAUGGUGGUGGGGAAAACAACAACAAUCUACAACAGCUACUGCUUCACCCUGGUUGUGGUGGUGGCAACAACAACAACAACAACAAACAACCACUAAUCAACCUAUAAUGACACCAUGGUGGUGGGGAAAACAACAACAAUCUACAACAGCUACUCCUUCACCCUGGUUGUGGUGGUGGCAACAACAACAAACAACCACUGAACAACCUAAAACUGCAACAUGGUGGUUGGGGCAACAGCAAAAAUCUACUACAACUACUGAUUCACCCUGGUUGUGGUGGUGGCAACAACAACAACUACUACAAACAACCACUGAACAACCUAAAACUACACCAUGGCGGUGGAGGAAACAAGAAUCGUCAACUGUCUUAGAACCUACGGCACCUCAAUGGUGGCAGUGGCUGAAGACCACAAGCACAACUACCACAACAAGCCCACCUAAACAGUACAAGACCUCCAUGGGUUCAUAUGAGCGCAUUUAUGAACCUUUCAGCAGGAUCCCUCUGCAGUUUACUGUUCUUGUCGAUUCAGCUGCUCCAUCCUGCACUGAAGGACAUUACAUUCCUCGCUUUGUGUCACCAACUCCAAAUCACGGAGAAGAAAUCCAAGCUGCACCACUCCAUGAACUGGAAAUCAGAGUUAAAGCUGUAGCGGCGUAUGCAACGGUUACUGAUGUGAUUAUCAGCGGUCCUCUGAAGAUAACCAAGCAUGCACUGAGCACAGGAGAGUACGCUAUUAGAUGGACACCAAAGAGGGAAGAACUCGGAGAUCAUUUCCCUGUGUGUUUCAUUGCUGAGAGCAUGAGCGGAGGCAGCAUCUAUCAGUCUGAAAUGAGAUGUGUCAUGGUCACUGUUGGACGGCAGCCUGUGGAUGCGAAUGUGAUCUGCACCGGAACCAACAUGGUCGUUGAAAUUGAGCAGAUGAACUCUGUUGGACUCCAUAAAGACUAUCUGCGACUCAACAAUCCUGCCUGCACUUUGGACUCAAACGGCACUCAUGUGCUGGCGAACUUCUCCCUCAAUGCUUGUGGCACCUUGAUUGAGGAAGAUGAGCAGUACAUCAUUUUCAAGAACGAAAUUAUCUCAACCGAUGACCCACACAGCAUCAUUACCAGAAAACACGAGGUGGAGAUUGAGGUCUCCUGCCGUUACGAGAAGAAAAAUAACAUAGCACUGGAGUUCACCGCAAUAAGACACAGGACCACCGUCACAGAGAAAGGCUUCGGCACCCUCACCUACAGCUUUGGACUCUUCCAAACACCAGCCUACUACAGAGAAUUAGACGUGACCGCGUACGCAGCCGAAUAUGAGCUUGGAGAGAGGAUUUACAUGCAGAUUGAAUCCCAGUCUUCAAUCAACAACACCGAGCUCUUCGUUGAAUCUUGCGUGGCGACACCUUACAAUGACCCCGACUAUCAAACGCACUACACAAUCAUCCAGGACGGGUGCAUCCUGGAUGACACACUUGAGUUGUACACAAGCCAUCAACCAAUGAUCCGCUUCAGCAUGCAGGCCUUCCAGUUCAUCGGAUUGCAUCAACAGGUGUUUAUCAGCUGUUCGGUGAUUAUGUGCGAGGCGAACAAUCCCAACAGUCGCUGCUCUCAGGGCUGCAUUAACAGCACCACCGCUCCACCUUCACACCACAUCGACAAAAGAGACGCCCCCAUCCAGACCAGCAGUCACUUCAUCUCCCAGGGACCCCUGCGGCUGAAAAGGAGUGUACAGCAUGAAGUGUCCUCUACAGUUUUGAACCUGAAUCUGGUUUUCAUUGCUGGAUGUCUCCUGGCAGCUGUUGGCAUGGUGUGUGCAGUUCUCAUAUACAGAAGCAGGAGAGCCCAAAUCAAAUAUCGGCCACUUAAAUCAGAUGAGAUUUAAUGGAUCGCACUUCAAAAUGACUUCCUCUUACUUUGCUCUCACAGGGAAGAUUCUGGCUUUGAAAAACGUCUUCUGUUUGAUCACAUUUCUUUCAAAUAUAACCAUAAAUCACUGUUUUGGAUGCAUCUUUGCAUUGCACUUUUUUGAUUGUUGAUGCCAAAUGAAAUAUAUAUAUAUAAAUAAGCAUUAAAAAAAGAUAAAUAAAAAAAAAGUUUAAAACAUUGUUAAUAAAAGAGGGAAUGAACA